AGACACAGACAGAGAGUAAGAAGACAUUGUCCGGGACAGAGACCGCGACCGACCCACAUUGCGACAGCAAACGGACAUUUUGGGCGGAAUGAAGCUUAAAGUUUGAUGUGACCUGGAUUCAGUCAGGAGUUUGGGAGAGAGGGGUGAGGGCUGGACGAGGGGUUUACUGGGUCACACAACCCGACUACCCCCAACACUGAAGAAGAAGGGACAGUUAGAGGAAGACUAACACCGGACAAAGCGCCGAGGAAACCAUGAACACUGGGAAGCUGUGUGUGCUGUGACUUCCUGACGUCUAGAAGUGAGAAGAACUGAUCUGGAGAGAGAAGCACGAUGUCACGGUCAGAUGAGAUCAACAAAAUGACAGAAAAUGUCUACAAGGGCAUUCUGGACCAGUUCAACCCCAGUCUGAAGAAUUUUGUCUCCAUGGGCAAACACUAUGAAAAGGCUCUGACAGGUGUCACAGUAGCAGCGAAGGGUUAUUUUGACGCUCUGGUCAAACUAGGAGAGCUGGCCAGUGACAGCCAGGGCUCGAAAGAACUGGGCGAUACACUGUUCCAGAUGGCAGAGGUUCAUCGGCAGAUCCAGGUCCAACUCGAGGAUGUGCUGAAGCUGUUUCAUUCAGAGCUGCUGUCUCAACUCGAGCAGAAACUGGAGCUAGACAUCAAAUAUCUGACCGGGACGCUGAAGAAGUACCAGAGCGAGAGGAAGUCCAAGGUGGAGUCUAUCGAGCGCUGCCAGUCACAGCUGAAGAAGCUGCGGAGGAAGAGCCAAGCCAGCCGCCAUCCCAACAAAUAUGGAGACCGAGAGAUGCAGUAUGUGGAGCUGAUGAGUCGCCGGCAGGGUGAGCUGGACUCGCUGGUGGCCGUUGGGUAUCGCUCCGCUCUGACAGAAGAAAGACGACGCUAUUGCUUUCUGGUGGACCGUCAGUGUUCAGUCACCAAGAUCCUCACCAACUACCACUGCAAGGUGAGAGAGUUGUUGUCUCAGAAGUUGUCAUCGUGGCAGCAGUCAUGUGCUCAGCCAACCAAGCUCCCGGAGCGAGCGCUGAACCUGCUGCGUCACACCGCCCCCCAGAGCUCUGGAGGAGCAGGACUCGCCGAGGUCCUCCGCAACGCCAAACUGGGCAUCACUCAGCCCACAGAACAGAGGCUGUCUGUACAGGAAGUCCCUCCUCUGUUGAACGGUGACAGCAGCAGUCGUCCUCAGCAGCAGCAACAGAACCCCUCCAGUAAUGGACACACCCACUCCAGCUCUUCAGCCAGCACCGCCCACUCCCAGCCAGCAGUGGGCGUGUCUGGGUGUCAGUCCCCUCCCACUGUUAGCCACACCCCCAGCUCCACCCACAGCGCCCCUCUGACCCGAGCGCUGUCCAACUGUCCUGCUGCUCCUGACCUCUACUCCACCUCCACACUGCCUCUGCCCAGGAGACAGUCCAGCGACACUCGCCAGGGACUCAUGGGCUGGACUCUCCCCCGCGCGCUCCCUCUCUGUGCUCCGUCCCGUGUGGAGGCUCUGUUCCCUCACUCCCCAGACUCCUGCGAGGGACAGAAGCCCGGAGACCGAGGAGGAAGCUCAUGUCUGCUGUCCUUCCUGCCUGGAGACGCUCUGUCCCUGCUGAUCAGUGAGCCCAGAGACGGCUGGCACUACGGCCAGAACGAGCGCACGGGACGAAAAGGCUGGUUUCCCUUCUCCUACACUCAGCCGUUCCCCAGCUCUCCCGGACAGGAGCUCAGUCCUCCGGUCCUGUCGAAGGUGAACAGCAGCAGUAUGGGACAGCUGGACAGGCUUCCCCCCGCGGGUCAGACGCUGCAGGUCAGUCCUGACUCUGAGGACGAGAGGAGUGUUAUAUCCCAGCGCAUCAGCACCUUCAGACCGCGACCCUACAGCAUGAUGAACCCCGAGAGCAGCAGGACGAGGAUGUCGACUGACUUCACCUCUCCGCCUCCGUCACCCAGCAGGAUCAACCCGUUCGCUCACAUUCGGCUCAAGAAGACGGUGACCAACGACCGCUCCGCCCCUCUGAUACAGCAGAGCCUUUGAUUGACAGCCACACAUGCUCCGCCCCUCUGAUACAGCAGACUUUGAUUGACAGCCACACAUGCUCCUGUUAAAGCUUCAGGAACAACACAGGACACAUAAAACAUUCACACAAUAACCUAUGUGAGAGAACUAAGAGCAUUUAGGAUUCAGGAUAUCAGAAAAAUGAAAUAUUUCAAGGUCUUUGUGUGAGUGCACAUCAUAAAACUGACCUUUAAGAUUUGAUUCCACAUCAUGACAACAGUUUCUCACUCCGUUUAGUGUAAAGACAAUGAAACAGUCGAUUAGAAACGAAGCAUGACAAAACCUAGAUGUUUUCUGGUAACUGAUAUCUGAUUCACAAUGUAGCUUCGUGAAAUAUCUUAAUCAAGUUUUGUAAAUGUAAAUUCUGUGGUUAUUUACUCACUCGUGUCAUAAGUGUACUUCACACUCGUAAGAUAAGAUACUAAAACUGUUAUUUGAUUUGUAAUAUUGAAUGAAGACAAGGGAUCCCAGAGCAUUCUGGGAGGAGCAGGUGAAGUGAACGUGUGAUUAUAUACAGGAGGACUUUGAAGGAGUUGAAGAGGCUCUGGUGUGUUUGGUUCAAGCCCAGAUCUGUGAAGCUAACGCUUGAGACGUGACAGAAGGCUCUGGAAAGUGUAGAUGUGCUUGAGGACGUGUCUGUUGCUGGAGAUGACCUUUUUACCGUUGUUUUGGGCCUGAAGACUUAGUUAAAGAUGUUUAUGUCAGUGGUUUGAAAUUAACCUGAAGAAAAUGCUUCAUUUACUCUUGAGUUUGUGUGUUACUGGCAGGACAUUGAUUCAGAACUGUCUUAAAACUCCUUUAUUUUACACUGAAACCAAUCUAACCAGUUAUUAAUGGAGAGCGCUUUGUUCACGCAUGUUUUAAUUAUUUCUUCACUCCAGGGUCAGUUUGUUCUGAUACCUUCAUUUAUUCACUUUUUUCUAUUAUAACAAUAUAUUUAAUUGCAUAAUGCUAAAAGGUUAAUAUCCAGCCCAAAAGUCUGAGAACAUUUAAUGUACUGUAUGUAUUUCAUACAGAAAUAAAACAAACAUGAAUUUGAUAUUUGCUCAUGUUCUCAUCAUCACCUGAUCUUCUACAGGUGCAUCUCCAAAACUAGAAUAGCACAGAAAAGUAUUUUUUGUAAUAAAAAAAGAAAACAUUCUUAUAUUCUAGAUUCAUUGCACACAAACUGAAAUAUUUCUUAUUUAUAUUGAAUAAUUUUAUUUAAUUUUAAACAUUUCUUUUACACCUUGCUUUAAUUCUUACGUUUAUUAAAUACAGUUUAGGAAAUGUAAAAAUGCAUUAUCUCAAAAAAUUUUAAUAUUAAAUUUUUCAUAAUUUAAAAAAUAAAAUAACAUUUAUUUUAAGUUUGUGUGCAAUUAAUCUGGAUAUAGGAAAGUUAUAUUUUCCAUGCUAUUCUAUUUUUUUAGCUACACCUGUAUUGAUUAUAUUAAUGAUCGAUCAUAAGAAUCCUGGACGGUGUUUUUCAGGUGAAAUGAAGUCUCAGACUUUUGACCUCCGCUGCAUGUUAGUCUGUAUGAGUGUGUGAGUUUAGUCUCUGCUCACAUUGUACUAUUACUAAACAUCCCAGAGAACACCGAACACUGUCUUCUAGAGCAGGACUGUACUUUAACCUGACAAUAAAGCAUCGUACUCUACACAUC